AUGGCAAUCUGGGACUCUCUAAAAUCUCCAAGGGCCUUCACGCUCACUUCUGAUGCUUUCAGUGGCCUUUUUCAGCUAGCCAAGGUGGAGCAACAACCGCAAACUCAUGAAGCCCAAAGACCAGCCAACAAGUGUAUAAAUCAGCUGAUCUUUGUGGCCUUUGUUUCCCUCAGAUCUCUGGAGCAGCUCCUGGUGUCUCUGCAGUGGGGCAGACAGCAGACGUACUACCCCAGUGCUCAGCCUCUCAGCAUAGGAGAGCUUGCAGCAGCCAAUCACAAGCUAGCAGAUACAAUCAAAUCCCGCCUUCUGGGAAACAGCAGCAGCAACGGGGUGAAAAACAACAGUGCAGCUGAGCAGCUCUGCAGCACACCAGCUGAGAAGAUGGCUGAGAAGAUGCUGCAGAUUCUGGACCCCAUCUCUUGUUCAGAAAACAAAGCAGAGUGCGAGCUGAUGGAUUCCUCCUCCUCCAACUUCCUGAACAGCAAGAAGAGCAUUGGAAGGUUUCACCCGUACACCCGCUAUGAGAACAUUACUUUUAACUGCUGUGAGCGCUGUAGCGGAGACAUCCUGGUGCUGUAGAGGUGAGACGGGGCAGCAGGGUUCAUUUUUGAAAGAUUCAGGGACUAUUGAUGCUACUAUAUUUAAUGAGGCUUUUUUCACAAAAGAAAACUUGGAUGGUGUAGUUUUACUACCAUGAUAAGUAAUUAUUCCAUUUCCACCAUUUCAGAUCUUCUGUACUGAUAUUAACUCACUCCAGCUUAAAGAAUCCACAGAAAUGUUGAUUAAAUUGAAUAUUUUGCUGGGUGGGAUACAAAUGUGACUAGAAAGAAAUGCAUUUCAUGUCAGUGUUGCAUAAUGAGCACACACAGUGUGUCUUUUUCUGAUUGAGAAAAGUGUUUAUUAUCUUUUAUUUGAUUUUUUUGUCUAAUGAAAACUGUUAGACUGAAACAGCUAAGAUGAGCAAGAAGAAAGAGCAGAAAUCCUGCAGGAUGUUUACAGUAGAUGGUGCUCACUGUGACCUUAUAUGAAAAGAAAUCUAACUUUGUAAUUGUGUUACAGUAAUGUUAAUAAUAUAUGCAUAUGUGUUUUUGAGAGCUUUAAAGAUAUUGUUAUACUUA